UGAUCAUGUUUCCUGUAUUCAUGUGUUAGAUGAAUUAACGUUUUGACUCCAAAAUGAACGAUAAAAUGAGCUUAAGCAUAGGAGAUGUUGAUCCACCGUCUCCGACGCAAUACUCCACACCAUGUGAUUCACCGGAGAGCAGUGGCGCAGCUUGUCUCAGUGAUGCUCGGAUCACACAAGUGAAGAUAUGGCUCAUCUCCCAGUUUCACGAUGCUGGAAAACACGUGCCCGAUUUCGAUGACACCCCUCAGACCAUUUCUUACCUCCAUAAUAUUGUAACUCGGUCCCAUGCUCAAACUGAGGCUGCCACCAUUCUCUCGAAUGACUUCCGCCACAAAUCUGCCGAGUAUCGCUCUCAAGCUGCAAGAAUGAGAGAGGUUUUGGAGAAAAUGGGAUUGUCAAUGGAGAGGUUGCCUUCAAAAUUGGUGGCAUCAGCAAAAAUUCUUGCUAAUGUGGCAAAUCUGUUGGAUAUUAGAGAUACAGAGCUAAGCAGUUUUCUUGUAGCUGCAUUUGAUCUAUCUCAGAGGAAAGAUGAAGUUGCAGAGAAGAAGGCUCAAGCAAAUCAAGAGUCCAGACAGCUUCUUGAUUUCACCCGAAAGGCGCUUGCCCGAUUGACUUAUCUGAAACGAACUUUGGCGCAGCUUGAGAAUGACACAGUGCCUUCCGAAUCAGAGAUGGCGCACUGGAGAUCGAGCAUGGUGAUUUUGGACAAGAAGGGGACACAGUAUCUGCAGGAGUAUUCUAACUACAAGAAAAUGCUCGACCGCCUCAACUACAGUCCUGAGAUCAGGCAUGGAGUGUUGGCGGAAAUGGCAGAUCACAGAAGGAAGCUGCAAAAGGAAACAAAACCAAUCCUUGAUACUCUGCGAAGCUACCACGAUUUGCCUCCUGACAAAGCCCUAGCUGCAUUGGCUGUUGAAGAGAAGAAGAUGCAAUUUGCUGCUGCUGAGAAGCACCUUGAAGAAGUGUUGCAGUCUGCAAUUCCUGAGUGAAAUCUCUACUCUUUGGAAGUUUUAUUAGUCUGUUCGUAGCGUGAUCAAGAACGCUCUCUGUUCGUCUCUCAAGGGGUUGGUAGCACA